AUGUUCGUGCUCGGCUUCAAGAGUGGUGUGGUUCAAUACCCGGCCUCUCGACAGAUGCAGCAGCAGCAAGAGCAGCACGGGGAGGAAAAGCGACAUACGCAAAACGCGGCGAUGCCGUCCCCGGUGACCAAGAAGUAUGGCCAUAACGACGGCCAGCAAGCUGAAGAGCCUUCUUGGCCAUCAACCCAGCUGUUUUCUGCCCAAGAGCUGGCAUCGCACGCCCUCGUCCACCCCAUGCUGGAAGACAUCGAAGAUGGGGCGCAGUCUCUUCUAAAAGCUCUUGAGGCCAGCUCUCGGGUUGCCGGUUCUUCCGCCUCUCCGACCCCUCGAGCGGAGGAAGAGCUAGAGGCGCACACGGCCAUGUCGGCCACGUCCACCAUAACCACAAGUAGCUCGUUCGUCACUACCGCCGCCGAUGGCCAAGCGCGUGGGGACGCCAACGUACGACAACAUGGCCAGAGAAGCGAAGAAAGGAGCCGUGAGCGGACCACCAAGGUGGCUGCGAUUGACUCGGACUUUGACGACCCGGCCACUUGCGGAACUUUUGCACUACGCCGACUCUGCCUAUGCGGCUUGGGGUUCGCUCUGCUCCCCCCCGAAUCAGCGGCGACGGUGGCCGGGAGAAAGCGCCGCCAACAUGGAGCUAAAACAAGCAGAGGCAACACUCUCACAAACGGCCACCGUUCCUGCGGUGGGCGUGGACGAGGGGAGGGUGACGAACGCGCAGAAGCAAGGUCGGGGACAGGGUCCGAUGCUGGACUGGCAGGGGCGGCAGCGACGCUCUUUGCACCAGCGAACCGGCGUGGGGUGAAGGGAAUGUGCAUGGUGGGCGUGGAGGAGCUGCAGAAGGCCCGGGCGAGAUCGUUCGGCCACGCCAAGCGCCGGGCUCGCAUCACCGCGGCGAUCGAGGAAAACAAGCCUCCUCCCGCGCCCAAACGUUCGAUCGGCUUGAACGACAGAAUGAAUCCUGGCGGAACCAAAGGCAGAACCGGAAGCGGAAGCGGAAGAGGCAGCGGCGGCGGCGGCAAAGGAGAGAGUGGCGGCGUUGGCAGCCGCCCAGAAAGCGGCGAUUCGGACGGCGUUUCGCCGGAGGCAGCAGGCCGAUCGGAGGUGGCGGAAGCGAAGCGGGGAACCAGUAGCGGUCUCGUGCGGGGGCACCGGUCAGGCGACAGCGACCGCACGACGACGACACCGCCCCAUGCUCCCACGCCUUGUUCGAACUGCUGCCCGUUGUGUGGCCUCGCGGUCCUAGGACACCCUCUGGAUACGAUCAGUUCUCGGCACCGCGGCGGCGGCCAUGACCCAACACAACACAUCCAACGUCAGCAGCCACGAGGUGCGGCGCCGGCAGCAGGGGCAAGAACAGGACCAGGAGCCAGUGCCGAUUUCAAGCCACCGAAGCCUCUUGGGGCAGCACCAGACGCAGAUUGUGCCCGCAAACCGGCGGGCUUCGGAACAACAAGGGCCAUUUCGGCCGGGUGGGUGGGGAGCGAUGGCGCAUCCCCUGGCGUGCGAGGGAAGCGCACGGGCGGUGUAGGAGCUGCAGCCGUCUCACAGGCGCUGGGUGAUGCAGCAGUCGAGGCGGUAGCGCGGCAACUCGGCGAGGCCAUUUCGAGGCGGCGCCAUGACCACGACAAGUUCACGGAGAAACUCGCGGAGGCCCAAACUCGAGGCCAAGAGGCGAAGGAGCUGAAGCUCGACCGGAAGGUUGACUUGCGGCGCCGCCUUGCCGCCGCCGCCAACGAGGCUCACCAGGAGAUAGAAACUAUCGCCCUAAGGCGGCGGCUCUUGCACGGCGGCUCACCUUCUUCUCGAAAACGUGUUACAAGUGGAGGUGUAGGAGCGGCGAAUGCUCCGGGAGACAGCUUCCCCGAAGAUGAUAAGCGGGGCCAAGACGACCUUCACGUAAAUCAGACCCCAGCUGCUCUUGGUACUGGCCCUCCUACUGCCAGCGCGCUGUCGUUAGCACAAUGGAACCAACAUAAGAAACAGGACCAGGAACAGCGACUACAGCAGUUGAUGGUGGCGAUGAGGGAUGCCGUUAGCCGGGGUGGCGACGAGAGUGGCCGUCGACCGACACUCCGGCGCGGGAGUAGUAGCGCCGGUAGCCGCAGCACCAGCUCCGGCACCAACUCCAGCGCCCGGGGCGGCCUCAGCGGCCGAGGCAGCAUCAGCGGCAGCGGUAUCUACCGCGACCUGGCGCGAGGGGUGGACGCCGCCCACUCCGCCAUCCUUUCGAGCAUGAGGAGCGACGGGGUGGACGCGCGGGCCUACCUGGACGAGAGGAGAGCGGCCUUUCACGGGGUCGCUUUGGACGAAGAGGAACAGCGCGACGCCUUCUUGGCGCCGCAGGGGAACAGCUGCUGCGAAUCAGGAGGCCCCGACAGCACGUCCGCAGGGGGGACCACGGACUGGGAAUCUACAACAGGGGGUGGGACAGACCACUCGAUGGCGGGGGGUGGCGGGGGGCAAGGCGCACAGCAAGCCGAAUCGGGGGUCGGUCGACAAAGCGACGGUGGUGGGAACGAAGGCGGUGGAGGUGACGACGUCAGCGCCAUCACCGGAGCGACGAGUGCUGAGGGCGAGCAGGACGACCACUCCGCGAACACGGCAGACGGGGUAGCCGCGGAGGGUCUAAAAGCGAGGGCGGUGGCUCGAGACGCCGAGCAGCUGCGGCUAGCCCGGGCCAGGAGAGCCGCGAAAGAGGAGAGGCUAGAAAUAGAAAAACGGGAGGCAAUUGAGACCGAGAGGAGUGCUCGUCGGCGUGCAAAGGACCGGGCGGGGGCUGCGAGAGCGGAGCGCAAAGCCAAAACACUCGCCCGGAAAGAGCUGCAGCGGAGAAGGGAAGCGCUAGACCAGCAGGAGGAAGACGCCAGAGUGGAAAAGGAAAAGGAGCAAGAAGAACGUCUGCUUGCCGACGCCGCCGAGAGAAAGCGCCAGGCGAAGCUCCGCCGGGCACGAGAAAGGGAGAAGAGAAAAAGCGUUAACAUGGAGAGAGCCAGGCACGAAGAAGAGAUGGAGAAGAUAGAACGAUGGCGACAGCAAGAGCGGGAGAGAAAACUCGAAACAACGCAAAGAGAGCAGGAGGCCGAGAGAGUCGUAGAGGCAGCACGGGUUUCCAAGCUGGAGGCAUCAUCAAGGGAGGAAGUGCGCCGACAAGCGGAAGCAGAGGCAAGGAAGCUCUCGUUGAGAGCGGCGAAGGAGGUUGCCGUGGCUAGGCUGAAAAGGGGCGAGUUCCGUUACUUGCGCGGAAGGCUUGUCUACCACGAGGCCAAGGGCGGGCUGCUCAUGGCGAUCAGCAAUCGCGGCUAG